AUGAAGGUGGACACAAACAUCACCAGCAACCAGAUGGAGCAGAAUUGGACCCGGUACAUGGUGAUGUGCGAUCGGAAGGACAUCCGGCAGCCGGUCAGCUUCCAGGAGGAAAACGAAGUGCAGGCCACACUGGUCGGCAAUAAGGCUCUCGCGAAACAGUACGAGAUCCAGAAUCCGGUCGAAACGGGGACGCAGAAUACCGCAUGGAUACUGAACACGCCCGUCUGGACGGUGCACAAUCGGUUGGCGCACACGGGCGUAACGCACGUGGAGGGUGGCUGGCCCCGGGACAUCGACCGUACGGACGAGGAGCUGGUGGCACGCUAUCGCCGGAAGCAGGAGAAAAGUGAAGCCUACGUGCAGCAGAUGCGCGGCCUAACGCGGACCAUUGAUCACGCGAUCAUGCAAAACAAUGCGUGCAACAUCUACCAGAACUACUUCGAGGACAUUGAACAGCACGAGCUGAUCGAACAGUUCACCUCGAAAACGGUGCACGUGUACAAGGACUAUCUGGAGGAGAAACGCUCCUGUACCUACAUCUGCUGGUCGGAGGAGGGUAACCAUUUCGCUUCGGCUCACUGUAACAUCGGGCAGCGCCGUGGACCCGUUACCGAUUGUUACAUUUGGGACAUUGAGCAUCCAAACAGUCCGUUGCAGAAGCUUGUGCCACCGUACCAGGCCCGCUGUUUGGAGUACAACUUCAAGGAUCCGACGCAAAUGGCCGGUGGACUGUUUUCUGGCCAGGUGGCGAUCUGGGACAUUCGCGUAUCGGGCACACCGGUCGAGACGACUCAGCGUGAGGCGAGCCACAACGAUGUGGUGACGCGCGUCCUGUGGACGAGCUCGAAGACGACGAACGAGUUCCUGUCCGGUUCCACCGAUGGCCGCAUCCUUUGGUGGGAUGUACGCAAUCUUAGCGAACCGUACGACUAUCUGGAUCUAGCCCCGAAGAAUGUGCAGGGUUCGGUGGAUCCACUGCACCGUUUCGGUGUCUGUUCGGUCGAGUUUGAACCGACGAUGCCCAACAAGUAUACGGUCGGUACGGAGAACGGUAUCAUUUACAGUUGCAGUCGGAAGUACAAAACGCCCGCGGACAAGAUCCAGACCGUCAUCAGGGCACACACGGGACCGAUCUAUUCGGUCGAACGGAAUCCACUGUUCAUCAAGAACUACAUCAGCGUCGGUGACUGGCAGACGAAGAUCUGGACCGAGGACUGCAAGGAUAAUCCGAUCGUGUGGACGAAGGAGUACGCGGUGCAGCUUACGUGCGGUAUCUGGAGUCCGACGCGUUGCUCGUUGGUGUUUAUCUGCCGCAUGGACGGUGUGAUGGAUGCGUGGGAUGUGAUCCAUCGGCUCGAUGGUCCGGUGCUACGGCUGAAGCUAUCCGAUGCACCGCUCUGGUCGGUGCGGGUACACAAGAGCGGCAAGUUAAUCGCCAACGGGACGGAUAACGGGGCGAUCUAUCUAACGGAGAUCUCGGAUAAUUUAACGUUCAGUUCGGCAAACGACAAGCCCGCCCUUUCGGGUAUGCUGGAACGUGAGAUGCGUCGCCAGCGGUUGCUUGAGGCGAAGAUCAAGGAGAUCAAACUGAAGGAAAAGGAGCUGGAGCGCGAACGCGUACGAAAGCAGCUGCGUAUGGAGAAUGCCAACUCGAUCGAGGAAGAGGAGAAGGAUCUGGUGGCCGAUGCGAUCCACCAGUUCUGGACGAAGAUCCACGGACGCAAGAGUCUCAAGAAUACGCUCAAGGGAAUUCGGAUGCGCGACAAGGGCGUUGGGCUGCUGCACAAGGACAAAAAGGGCAAGAAAGAAACGAAACCGGAAAAGAAGUAG